AUGGCGGCCUUCGAGCUCACGAAUCCGGUUAUGUUACAUACACCAUACGCAGAUUGGCUAUCUCGACAAGUGUGCUGGGUAGAUCCACAGUAUCCUGCCGCAGAGCAACAGUCCCCGAAGGUCGAGCCGUUACAGACAAGCCCACCAGAGUAUCCACAGGUCCCGUCCAGGGAUAUAGAUCCUGGCGUCUGCGUAGGCUUGGCCGUCGUUGUUGGUGUGGAUGUCGUCGUCGUGGACGAGCCGCAUGGCCCGCUCUGGCAUCCAGUACCGCAAUAA